AUGUCUUUCACAAUUUACCUAUUAUAUACGAUAGCUUUUGUGGAUCUUCUAGCAGUUGGUCUUAUUAUACCUUUAUUGCCCAACAAAGUGCGAAGUUUAGAUGGAAACGAAAUACAUGUCGGUUUACUGGGAUCAUUAUAUGCAGGGUGUCAGUUAGGGUCUGGUCCGCUUAUUGGUAGUUUGAGUGAUUUAAAAGGACGCAAGCCAGUUCUGGCAGGGACGUUAAUAAUUAGUGGUCUAGCAUAUGCAAACCUUGGUUUUAGUGAUUCUAUAUUUGUGAUUUUGGUGAUCAGAAGCAUAUUAGGAAUAUUUAAACAAACCCAAGUGUUGACAAGAGCCCUUGUACCUGAUUAUGAAAAAGAUCAAUCUUUACAAGGUGGUAUAUAUGGCAAGAUGGCUGCCAUAUCCGGUGUAGGCAUAACAUUAGGGCCUGUGAUUGGCGGCCACAUAGUUGAAGACUAUCCUAAUCUGGGUUUCAUGUUCAUUGCUAGUGUUGUUGGCUCUUGUUUCAUUCUGAAUGCAUGUAUUGUUUAUUUCAGUCUUCCAAAUAUAAGCACCACUAAAACAAACAACAGUCCAGAAAUAAAAACUAAUUUAAUCCAUAGAUUAUUUCAGAAUGUUCAUCAAUCAGUAGUAGAAUUAUAUCAUAUCGAGUGUAUUUACGUAAAACAAGUUCGUGCCGCUGUCAGUUACAGCCACAGAUUAAAUAUAUCAGUGCUUAGUGCUGCUAAUAAUCUGUAA